GGAUCGACGCAACAGUACCAAAGCUACUCCUUCAUCAUUAUAUCAGUUUAUUGUGUGUAAGGAACAAAGCAGAAAAAUUUUAAGAGAAAUGCUUGGAUUUGGAAUUGAUGGAAGCCUUCUAGAACAAACAUUGCAAAAAGAAUUUCACAGAGUCGGAACACAAUUGGACUGGGCAAUAGAGCUUUUGAGAGAUGGCAAGGAUAUGGUAUGGUCGAGCAUAGUUGGAGCUCUUCCCAUUGUAGAGAAGAAUUUUGAAUCGCGAACUUCAUUUUUUGGGAGCAAUUCGGUAUUAGCGCCCGAGUUUCGUCGUGAUCUUUUGAUAGCAGAUAAUUCCGCAGUAAUACGGUUUUCUACUCAUCAAGUAUUUAAGUAUGGUACUAGUGAUUGGAUUAGCAUGAACGUGACGAGCACGAAAUAA